AUGAGCCUCGCACUUAGGCUCGUUCUUGCGUUGCUGGCCGUGGCAGCCGCGCAAGCCGCCUCACUAUCAAUAAAUGCCCCUCGUUUCACCAUCACAGGGCCCGACGCCUCCCAACUGCGCUCAGAGUCGCUCUCCCUCACCGAAAAGCCGGACGCGCUGAGCCUGGGGACCUCGGACGUGCUGAAGCUCACGUUCCAGGUUGCGGAGUCGGAGGGCGGCAAGGGCGUGCAGCCGCACCAGACGUUCCUGCGUUUCUACGAUGAAGUGUCGGGCGAGGAGGGCGUGCAGCCGGUGCGCGUCACGCCCGGCGGGAAGGCCAAGUUCGAACUGAACAUGGCGCGUCCACCUGCCUCGCUCCCACCCACGACGACCAACCCGCUGAAGGUCUCCCUCAUCCUCGGUUCCUACAUACAUUCGCCCGCGCAGUACGACCUCUUCGACCUCCUCGUGCCCGCCUCGCAGCCGCCCCCGACCCACGCCGACGCGGCCGCCUUCGCACCGCGCCCCGAGAUCACGCACACGUUCCGCCCCGAGCAGCGUAUCCCCGCCAAAGCCGUCUCCGCCUUCUUCGCCGCGUUCGUCUUCUGGCCGUGGCUCGUCCUCGUCGGCUUCUGGUUCGAGAUCGGGCCUCGCGUCCCGCACCUCUUCUCGCCGCACAUCCUGCCGUUCACCGCGUCCCUCGCGGCGUUCGAGGUGCUCCUGUUCUGGUACUGGGUGGAUCUCCACCUCGGGCAGGUGCUGCUCUACGGAGGGAUCCUCGCCGUGCCGACGGCCCUCGCGGGCAGGCAGGCGCUCGCGAAGACGAGCGAGUGGAGGCUCGGCAGAAAAUAA